AUGGGAAAAGCAUCACGCUGGUUUCGCGGUUUUCUCGGUCUAAAAAAACCGGAUUACGCUUCAACCGAUCAGAAACCACCCAAAGAGAAACGGAGAUGGAGUUUCGUCAAAUCAUACAGAGAACAACAACAACAACAUCACAACAGCCACGUCCACGUCGACAACAUUAACAACAACAAACAGGCCAUCGCAGUCGCUGCUGCCACCGCCGCCGCUGCGGAGGCCGCCGUAGCCGCUGCUAAAGCCGCUGCCGACGUCGUGAGAUUCAAUAGCAGUAACGGCAUCGUCCGGUUACGCGAACAAUGGGCGGCCGUUAAGAUCCAAGCCGCUUUUCGAGCAAGUUUGGCGAGGAAGGCACUGCGGGCAUUAAAAGGGCUGGUGAAGCUCCAGGCUCUUGUGAGAGGGCACAUUGAGAGGAAAAGAACAGCAGAGUGGCUCAAACGGAUGCAAUCACUUGUGCGGGCACAGGCACGAUUUAAUGCUGCACGUAUCCUGCAAACAUCACACUCUAAUGUAAAAUCAUCUACACUCUAUCUCCAUGGGGGUCCAGCAACACCAGAGAAAUCAGAAAGCCCUGUUAGAUCUAGGAGCAUGAAAUCCGAACAUUCACCGUUAUUCAAGAGAAACGGUUCCAAAUCAUGUCUCCCAUUCAGCGGCAAUAUAUCAGAGAAUCAGAUAGACGAACAAUCAUGGAAUAGAGUAAAGUCACUGAUAAGAUCAUAUAGCAGGAGUGAUGAGAAAACUGAAAGGAUUGUGGAAAUUGAUUCGGGAAAACAACACAUAAUAACCUCGAAGCGUAGAAACCUCUUUCACUCCAUAAGUGAUACUGAUCAUUAUUAUUAUAGUCAGAAUUUAACUCCUACAAAGGAAUCAAAAUCUCAUCAAUCUAGUCAAAGUCAAUCAUGUGAGGUUCAAUCUUAUUACAACCCGCAUAAACUCAGCGAAGUCGAAGAGAAUAGUCCUCAAUUUUUAUCAUCUGCAACUUCAAAAGAGGAUGGAUACAAAAGAAGCCCUUUUACUCCUACAAAGAGUGAUGGAUCAAGAAGUUACCUUAGAGGCUAUUCUGAUUACCCAAGUUACAUGGCAUAUACAGAGUCAUCAAAGGCAAAAGUUAGAUCCAUGAGUGCACCAAAACAAAGGCCUCAACAUGAGAAAUCUAGUUCCUCUAAUAGGUACUCACUGAAUGGACAUGACAUUGCAAGAUUGGCAGCACAGAGAAAUUCUGCACUGCAAGCAAGUUUUGCAAGUAAAGGGUAUCCAGGUUCUGGUCGUUUGGAUAAGCUUGGAAUGCCUGUGGGGUAUAGAUAA